AUGCAGUCCGCCCUCCUGUCGCUUGCACCCCUCAACGGUGCAGGCGAGGACGGGACCCUGCCUCGUGACGCGAAGACGGAUGAGUUGAUCUCUAAGCUUUGCUCCGUGGCAGUCCAGCAGAAUGGCUCGAUGCCUGUGGAGCCCACGCUGUCCAGGAUUUCCGUCGUGAAGCUCAUUACGGCUGGGCGACUCCUGCUCGCCGGCGUUGGCCCGGCGGGCGGGUCCGAAAACCUGCUCGGACUCGUCAAUGGUCUCCCGCACCUGCCGGUUUCCGCUGCCACGGAGCCACUGCUCGAGGAGCUCUUUGGGACGCUGGCCAGUCUGUUGCACUCGCACGACGUGCAGGACGAGCUCAGGGCGACGAUCAGCGCGAAAUUCAAGGAGCUCCUGCAGGCUUCAUGCCUGUCUUCCCCUGCGAAAGCUAGCAAUGCUGGGGGCAGGGGCGCCCAGGCGAGCUCGGCAUCCAUCAUGGCCAGGAGCCUCGCCCAGCUCCCGGCCUCGAGCGGGCUGCCCCUCUCGCCCGAGCACACCGCCGAGAUGAUCCAGGCCCUCUGCGCCCGGAUCUCACGGGACGGGCCUUCCGCCGCCCACGACAAGCGCGUGCUUGGCCAGGUCAUGUGUGCCCUCCUCGACAGCCUGUACCCUCAGAGGAGCGGGCCGCGAGUCCUCCAGGGACAGGCCAAGGGAGAGACGGCCAUUGUUCUUGCGGAUGCGAUCAGCGCCGCUGCUUCCCUCGCGGUCCGCGUGAUGGACCUCGCGUCCUCGGCUCUGGACGCACUCCUCGGCAACCAGGAAGGCUCCGCGCGUGCGGCGAAGGAACAAAUCCAGGUCGCGCUGCCCUGGGCCAUGAAGUCUGCGGUGACAGCUGCCCAGGCGCACUCGAAAGCCAUCGGCUCCGCGCUGCCACAGCUGCGGAGCGUUUCAGACCUCCUGCUCGUGGUGACGCGCAAGCUGCUGGUGCUGGCGCAGCACGAGCAGGCGAUGCAGGCGGAGGGCGUCUCCACGCAGACAGCCCUUGAGGUCUGCAACACUGCGGUGGAGUGCGUCGGGGAGUCCAUCGAGAUCCAGGCGCAGCACGGGCAGCACGUCGUGAGCGAUGCCGCCGCGCAGCUCCGCGUGCUGCUGCUCGACGCGGCCCGCCUGUGCCACAACGAGCUCCUGAUCGCAGAGCAGCAGGCGGCCGCGAAGGAGUCGGAGGCGUACCGCACGCUGAAGCUGUUCUACUCCGAGCCCGGGUUCUUGGGCGUGUUCUUCGGGUGGUGCAAGCAGGACCCCGAAGAGCUGUCGUACCUCACGGCCGAGGCGCGCUGUGCGGGGCGGGUGCUGAAGAGCCUCAGCGCCGCCAUCUCCAGGGUCCUCAAGUCGUCGUGGCGGUUCUCGCGCUCCAAGGAGGUGGAGGGCCUGGCCGUGUCGAUCGGCACCCUGCUGCUGUCGACGCCGGCGACGUCGCCCAGCCGCGACGAGGACGGCUCCGACGCGGCGGCGGUGUCUGCGGAGAUGCAGGCGCUGUGUUUGGCGAUGGGCGAGAUCUGUGCGCACUUUUUGCUCGAUUCCCACCAGACCAUUCCGUACAUCGUGCUGCCCACGCUGCUCGACGUGAUCUCCAGCCACCUCGACGGCCUGCACCCCAACAUCGGAGCCUGCGCGACCAUGGCGCUGGCGACCGCCGCGGCCGCCACGGCGAGCUUGUCCGACAGCCCGGAGCACAUCGCGUCCCCCAUGUCCACCGUCGCGGCCGGCCCCGCUGCCAAUGGGGACUCGGGCGGGUGGGACGCGUCCAAGGUCGUGACGCGCACGCUGGAGCUCCUGUCGCGCCUGUACACGGACCCGUCCUUCCCGUGUCGCAGCGCGGUCGCGGGCGCCCUCGUGCACCUAGCGACGGUGUUCGAGGACACGAAGCUCGCCUGGCGCCAGGUGCUGGUGGAGGGCCUGCUGUCCCUCGUCGCGGAGGCCGGACGCCACGUGCGGCUGUCCGCGCUGACGCAGAUCUUCUCAGGCGACCUCCGCGCGGGCGGCGACGCAGGUGGCAAGUCAACGCGCUACCUGCGCCGCCGCGACGUCUCUCUCCUGAUGCCAGCCCUCGCCCGCGCGAUGUGCUCCCCGCUCGCGUGCAGCAAGGCCAGCCCCGGGACGUUCAUGCACGCUGUCUCGGAGCUCCACGCCGUUGCGAAUGGCACGUUGCCGGCGGGCCGGCAGUCGGAGCUGCUCGGGCAGGACUACGUGCAGGCCGGGAUGAGGGCGUACCGCACGGCGUGGCUGUACAUCGCUGCGCUGCGGCUGGACCUGGGCGAGGCGGACGCCACGGUGGACGACCUCGGCUUGCCGAAGAUCGCCGCGUACACGCCGCCCCUCCUCAUGGGUACGGCAUACAAGCGGCUUGAAUCCGAAGUCGACGUUCAGGAACGCAUCGAGCACCUGACGAUGGUCAAUGACGCUCAGAGCUACCAGCUGGCCGCCCACCUGGCGACGCACAUGGCCCAGACGCUGGGUGUGCGCAAGGUCGCCUUCAAGGCUCUGGGGCUGCACGCGGGCACCCUCGCCCACAUCUUGAUCAUGGUCCACCUGGAGACCUGCCGCACCAAGCACGCCCCUCUCUGCGCGGGCGGUUUCGAGUCGGUGCACGCGAUAUUCGCGUACUUCCAGGGCGCGGGCCACCUGGACACGCCGGUCGUCGCCAAGCUCGGCGAGCGCAGCUUCCCGGUGUGGCUCAAGCGCGUGGAGGGCAUGCACCCGGCCGUCGAGACGCCGGGCGGCGUCAUUCCCGCCGCCAAGUGGAACCGCGUGGAGAGCGCGGUCCUCGUGCUGGUCCGCAACCUCGUGGCCCCGCAGGAGGGCGAGGACGACGGCACGACGUACGCCGCAAGCAUCUUUGGGAGUGCCAUGCGCGCAGGUGUCGUGUCCAGCGCGACGUGUCCGUCGCAGCUGCUCGCGGACGAGUGCCUGUCGCAGGCCCUGAGAGCGUACCCCAGCGCCCUCUACAGCAAGACCUGUCUGCGGGGCAUCCUUGCCAACCUCGGCCUGGAGUACACCGAGGGGGACACCGACGUCGCCGUGGAGCCCGAGAACCACAUCGCACAGAUGUCGCUGGAGUGGCUCCGAAAGUGGGUCGACCGGUCGGCGAGGUUCUCUCCGUCCGUCAUGGAGUCUGCCAUCCAGCACAUCCUCCUCCGCGUGCAGCAGCGCUCUGGCGCGCUGCUCAUGUCGCACCCUGAGCGCAUGAAGCACGUGACGGAGGUGCUCGGGUCCUGCUCGCGCGCCAAGGCCGUCGCGGCGUCCCUGGAUCCCGGCUCCCGCGAGUACUACGCCGAGGACACCGCGCUGGCCAACUCCGUCGCGGCGCUCAACCUGAAGUCGGCCUACGUGGGCAGGAUGCAGGGCAUGCUCGCUCUGGUCAAAGCAGGAGAGGGCAAUCAGGGCGCAUACGACCAGCUCAUGACGAAGCUCGCUGCGGAGAUGCGUGACCUGGGCAAGAAGUCGCUCGCGCUCCUCGACAUCAGCAAGAGCCCGCAGACGCCCGCAGCGCGCCUGCGAGCACGCCAAGACGCCCUGGCGAAGCUGCGCGACAACACGAUGCUCGCUGCAGCACUGCUCGCGGAGCUGUCGGCGUCCGCUCGCACGAUCAGCACCGGUCUGAGCACCUUCAAGAAGAUGAUCGAGUCGCUCGUGAUGGAGCCGAUCCGAAGCGGCGACGUGGACACCAUCCGGCUGGCCUCCAUGGCCUGGCACUGGGCGGUGGCGUCCAGUCAGACCGACAGCCUGUCCCUCAUGAUCCUGUCCGAAGUCUCUGGGAGCCUGGUGUGGAUGCAGAAGCACCACGUCGGGAUCUUCUCGCUCGGCGCCGGCGACCCGGAGGAGAGCACGCAGGAAGUGCGCGGGCAGCAGGCGGUGCUGUCCUUCCUGCUGGAGCACCUCAACGCGCGCUACCGCUCGCCCAGCCCCGACGCGCGCGCGUACCUUGACAUUCUCCUCAGGGACGUGAUGACGGUGAUGCAAGUUGGCACGGAGGACUUUGAGGCCCGACCGCCCGCAGCACAGGUGGCGCGGUUCCAGUUCCUGUACCUUGCCGUCGAGACGGUGAAGGGCAAGCUGUUUUACGCCAACAACGACGCGCCGUCGGAACGGGCCCCCCUCGUCAUGGCCACCGCCAAGAUUCUGAGGACUGGGCUGCUGACCUUUUCUGAGCCGACGUCGUGGUGUGGCGUGUGGAGCAAGGCCGAGGCGUUCGCGCAGUCGAUGGUGGCCCUGCAGCUCGCAGAUGCGCUGGCCACCCUGCCCGACUAUCUACCCAAGGAUGCGUCCGGACCUGUCGACGUAAGCGCGAAGACGCUCGCGACGAUCCAGAAGAACCGCGACCUGUUCACCAUCCUCCUCCAGGUCGAGGCGGAUCGUCUGCGUGUGUGGGCCGACCCGCUGCAGUCGCUUGCGUCGAAGGUGAAGGACCACGGCGCGGUCCUGAACUUGAGCCGUGGCAUUGGUGUGCGCGUCGCACUCGGGAAGCUCUCGUCGAAGGAGCUCCGGACCAUGGCGGAGACGGCGUGGGCGGUCAGUCCGAACCUGGCGGUGGCGCUCGCGUCGAAGCCGUCGACGCGCCCGCUGGAGGCCCCCGUGCUGAAGAUCCUGGAGCGGACGCUGCGGUCGGGCAACAUGGGCGUCGUGCAGCACCUGCCCACCGCCGCCGUGCUGCUGUACCAGAACGCAGACGAGCACUCUGUCGACAAGAACAUGAUGGCGCAGCUGCUCGCCUCCAUGGCCCCCGCAACCCCCGAGGAGAGCAUGCAGCUGAUGAACCUCGCCGGGGAGACGCUCAACGUCAGGCAGUACGUGUGCCGCUCCCUCCAGUCAUCCAACCCGGACUCCGUCGUAUUCUACAUGCCGCAGCUUGUCCAGAGUCUGCGCUACGAGCGCACGUCCGACAGCGGCCCGGACCAGGCCCCGGUGCACCUGUUCCUCCUCGAGACCGCCAAGGCCUCGUCGCGCUUCUGCCACCGUCUCAUCUGGACGCUGCAAAGCGAGGGGCGCCCGCCGGAGGAGGCGUUCAACCCCGAGAUCAAGCGGUCGGGCUGGGAGCCGCCCGAGGACACGGGGCUGUGGGACGUUUGCGACGAGAUGCGGGAGAUCAUCAUCGCGGGUCUCCCGAAGAAGCAGAAGGACUUGAUGGACGACGAGUUCGAGUACUUCGACGCCAUCACCGACAUCUCCGGGAAGAUGAAGCCGAUUCCGGCGGAGAACAGGAGGGCGGCGAUCGCGGACAUGAUCGAGGAGGUCAACGUCGGCCAGCAGGAGCGUCUGGACAGGGGCCAGGUGUACUUGCCGACGUACACGUACCACAGGGUCGUCCGCGGCAUCCCUGAGAGUGGCUGCCCCAUGCAGAGUGCGGCCAAGUUCCCCAUUCUCGUGGCCUUCGAAGCGCGCGAGAUGAAGCAAGAUGAGCAGGAGGAUCAUGCGGUGACACAGCGGUCGACGCAUCGCCGCAAGCUCACGCGCAUCCGGUCUUCGACGAUGGCACGCCAGGAUGCGACGUCCGUGGUCUCGUACAUCUUCAAGGUCGGGGACGAUGUGCGGCAGGACGUGCUGGCCCUGCAGGUCAUCCAUCUGCUCAAGGAUGCCUUCACGCGCGCCGGUCUGCACCUCAGCCUUUUCCCGUAUGGAUGCAUCCCCACCGGGUACGAGCGUGGCAUCAUCGAGGUUGUGCCGAACACGAAGUCUCGAGACGCGCUGGGCAACACCUCGGAUGGCGGCCUGCUGGACAUCUUCCGUCGUGAGUUUGGCAGCCCGCACUCGCCGCGCUUCGAGCAGGCCAGGAUGAACUUCAUUCGCUCGUCGGCCGGAUACGCCGUCGCGUCGUACCUCCUUCAGUCGAAGGACCGCCACAACGGCAACAUCCUGAUCGACAAGGACGGCAACCUGAUCCACAUCGACUUCGGUUUCAUCCUCGAGAUCUCUCCGGGCGGCAACAUGAGGUUUGAGAGCGCGGACUUCAAGCUCUCGCACGAGAUGACGCAGCUGAUCGACCCGGGAGGCAAGAUGAAGUCACCCGAGUUCCUGCAGUUCCAGGAGCUGGUCAUCAAGGGGUUCCUCGUCGCGCGCUCCCUGGCGCGCGAGAUCAUGUCGGUGGUGGGCCUCAUGGAGCACUCGGGCCUGCCCUGCUUCGGGUACGGGAAGCCGCUGCCCAACCUCAUGCGCCGCUUCAAGCUCGAGCUCACCGACAGGGAGGCCGCCGACCACAUGCUCGCGACUGUCAAGGACAGCUAUGACAACUGGCGCACCAAGGCUUACGACAUCAUCCAGUUCCUCCAGCAAGACAUCAACAAGUAG